AUGAAAGAGGAAAGACUAGCUCCAAAACUUAUAAAGGACAAAGUCAUCCACUUCAUAUUCUUAGUGGAGGCAACUUUGGCUUCCUUGAUGCAAAGAACAGCUCCUGCAGCAGUGAGGAUUGACAAGACGGAGCCAGGCGUCACCAGCAGAACUGCAUUGGAGAUUGGUUAUGGUUUGAAGCUCACUUGCAAAGGCUUGUGA